AAAGUUUGAACAAAAAUUUAUUGUCACUUUUAUUUCAGACGAAUUACCUUAAUCUAAACAAAGUGAUUGCUUGAGAAGGCGGGAAAAUUUGUGGCGCGAUGUUCUCUGUUUGAAUUGAAGGGAACAAGUGAAAAGCGAGCGAGGCAGAAUUUUCUUUCAAAAUGUUCCUUAUGUACGUUGCGUUGAAAAUUAUAUGCCUCGUACAAAUGAAAUGAAACAAGAGUUCACUUGUUUACGCGGCCACUCUUUUCUUUUCAAUGUUGACUUCAAGAGUCGAGUUCUUCUGAUACAAAUCGACUUUGUUCGUCUCUACAUGUAAGCUAAGUUAAGCUUAUGUAACAGAAUUUUUUCGUAGAAAAUAGUAAGAACAAAUAUUUCCAACUACCGUUUGAAUUGAGAAUGGAGAGGUGAAGCCGCAUUUGAUUCUCUUCAAUUAUUUCAGAGCAAGCGACAAAAGACGAGGCAUUGCGGCUGAAAAAGCAGAGGCACAGAAAAGACUGUUAACACAACCGAAAAGGAGCGAAUACGCCAUGUCGGAACUGGAAAAAAAGAAGAUGAUUUUAAAUAAACGCCGAACGGAACUUAAAGACAGGCUGACUCAUAUAAGAAGAGAAGCAGCAAGAGAAGAAUUUGAGAACAUGAACAUGGGAAACUUUCGUAGGAUUUAUCCCCCCGAAGACAAAACGAGAAGAGAAAAGUAUAACGGCUUGUUAGCUGAUGCCUUCAAGCUCUUCCUGUCAGGUAAGUAUAAUAAAACCGCAGUUCAAAUAUGA